AUGGAUGCGUUUUCAGGUUACAACCAAAUUCUGAUGCAUCUCGAUGAUAGAGAAAAAACGGUGUUCAUAACCAAUCGCGGGAUCUAUUGCUACAAAGUCAUGCCGUUUGUAUUCAAAAACGCGGGGGCAACAUAUCAACGGCUCGUCAAUAAGAUGUUCGCAGAUUUUCUCAUCGAACUUCCGACCGAGGCGACAAUCGAGCCAACUCCAGACGAUGUUUGGACGCUGUAUGUCGACGGCUCGUCAUCUAAACACGGCUCGGGAAUAGGAAUCCGUCUCACUUCUCCCACCGGAGAAAUAUUAAAGCACUCUUUUCGCCUGAACUUCCACGCCUCGAACAACAAAGCAGAGUACGAAGCACAGAUCGCUGGCCUACGACUAGCGCAGGGAAUCAAUGUUCGGAAAAUAAGAGCCUUUUUCGAUUCACAGCUCGUAGCAUAUAAAUUUAACGGAGAGUACAAGGUGAAGGAUGGAAGAAUGGGAGCUUACCUUAGAGUAGUCCAAGAUUUGGUACGAAAGUUUGACGAGUUCGAACUCACACGAAUACCCCGAGGCGAAAACGCCUCGACGGACGCCUUAGCAGCACUUGCUUCAACCUCAGACCCGGAUCUCCGUCAAACAAUUCCAGUCAAAUUCAUCGAACAUCCAAGCAUAGAGUAG